CGGCCGUGUCCCCCUGCGCGGAGACAACGAGUGCCGGUGGCUUCAUAAGCGCGUGCCCGUGCGCGCGUACCACCGCGCCCAGCACCUGGCUCCCAGCUCCAGGCUACUACAGAUUCCCAACCUACGGGCUCCAGGCUCUGCUGCUGGCACCCAGAGUCUGUCGGAUCGCAAGCUCCCGGAGUCCACGGUCUCCCAAGCUGCAGGCUCUGCCGAGCGCGGCCGCAGGCUCGUAACCUUGAACGGUGGUGUCUCGGGCGCAGAUCCAAUGGCACCCAAAAAGAAGAGCAACAAAAAGGUAAACAAGGAUGAGGUUACCGACAUGUCCAUCAUGCAAAUGCUCGCCGAAAAGGAGAUCAACAAAGCCAACAUCUGGAAUAACCACCUGGACGAAUGGAACGGACUACCCAAGGCUGUCUCCGACGUCGGCAAUCCUGCGCACAGCGAGAAGCUUCUGGAAGGGCUCAAGUUUAUGCAAAAUGAAAAAUUCCUCUGCGAUUUCACACUGGUCACCAAGGCAAAGUCGUUCGAGGUGCACAAAGUGGUGGUCGCAUCCUGCAGCGAGUACAUCAGGAGUGUGCUGCGCAAGGACCCCAUGCUUCAGAAGGUUGAGGUGAACGAUGUAUCCGCCGUGGGCUUGGCUGGGGUGGUCACGUACGCUUACACGGGCAGGCUCGGCCUGUCCCUCGCCACAGUGGGCAGCGUCCUCUCCUCGGCAACCCGCCUGCAGGUCUCUUCCCUGCUCAAGAUGUGCUGCGACUAUUUGAUGAAGGAGUUGAACGUGGAGAAUUGCCUCCACGUGGCCAACAUCGCCCGUGCUUUUGACCUGCACAACACCAAAGAUAUGGCCGAAAAGUUUCUCAGAGAGAAUUUUGUCGAUUUCUCAGAAACGGAGGGAUUCCUUAAGCUGAGUUUCGAUCAAAUUAACCAGUUUCUCCAAGAUGACACGCUCGAGAUUAAUUCGGAGCUCACCGCUUUUCACAUAGCUCUCAAGUGGCUCGAGCACGAUGAUAAACGCCUCAAGUUUUCCGGAGAUCUGCUCAGCAACAUUCGCUUCAGUACCAUUUCAGCUCACGAUUUGGUGACGUACGUGCAGACGGUGCCCAGAAUGAUGCAGGACCACGACUGCCACAAGCUGCUAGUGGACGCCAUGAAUUACCACCUGCUGCCCUACCAACAGAACACGCUGCAGUCUCGGCGGACCAAGCUGCGUGGCGGCCUCAAGGUGCUCGUGACGGUCGGCGGGCGCUCGGCGCUCACGGAGACGUCGCUGAACAGAGACGUGCUGUACCGAGACCCCGAGAUGGGCUGGGGAAAGCUCACGGAGAUGGUGGCCAAAAGCUUUAACCAGUGCGUGGCGGUCAUGGACGGGUUCCUUUACGUGGCGGGAGGCGAGGACCAGAAUGACGCAAGGAACCAAGCCAAGCAUGCCGUGAGCACCGUCUGCAGGUACGAUCCUCGUUUUAACAACUGGAUUCAACUCGCGAGCAUGAGCCAACGGCGAACCCACUUCAGCAUUAGCGCCUUAAACGGGCAGCUCUACGCCAUCGGUGGUCGCAACCUGGAGGGCCCCCUGCUGGCCGUCGAGUCCUACGUGCCGGCCAUCAACCAGUGGCAGCCCAAAGCCGCCCUGGAUGUGGCGCGCUGCUGCCACGCCAGCGCGGUCUCCGACGGCAAUAUCCUCGUCACGGGCGGAUACAUAAGCAACGCGUACUCGCGCACGGUGUGCGGCUACGACCCCUCAACGGACCGGUGGCAGGAGCGCGCCAGCCUGAGCACCCCGCGCGGCUGGCACUGCUCGGUGUCUCUGGGCGAGCGCGUGUUCGUGGUCGGCGGCAGCCAGCUGGGCCCGCGCGGGGAGCGCGUCGACGUGCUGACGGUGGAGGCGUUCAACCCGUUUUCGAGCCAGUGGAGCUACAUGGCCCCCCUGACCAUCGGUGUGAGCACGGCGGGAGCGACACUGCUCAACCACAGGCUGUACGUGUGCGGCGGCUGGAACGAGGGGGAGAAGAAGUACAAGAAGUGCAUCCAGGUGUUCGACGCGGAGAACAACGAGUGGGCGGAAGAGGACGAGCUGUGCGACGCCGUGGUGGGCGUCUCGUGCUGCGCGCUGCUCAUGCCCCGCCGUGGCCUCCGCGAGUCACGCGCCAGCUCCGCGUCUUCCGUGCCGCUCAGCAUCUGACGCCCGUGGGCGCCGUUGGGGGUGGGCAUGGGUGGGGGGAUCCACAGCUCCGUCACCGUUAUUGUACCUGCGUGGUAGAACUCCCCGUCCCCCCUUAUCUGCAAAUCGUCUUGCUUGUGAGGGCAUUAGUAGACCCGCCAUUCUGCCCCUUUGUCUAUAGAGGGAGGAUUUGCAGAUAAGAUGGCUGAUAGAUUUCAACAACAAAAAAUUAGCGGCACUCACAAUAUUGCGACCCUGGUGAAGAUUCCAUGGCAUGGUACAGCAUUUCCCCGGGUUUAAUGGAUUUGCACCUGCACCGCGUCGUGUGGUGGGAUGUGGUGCAUCCCCACGAUUAGCACAACCCCCAGAGAUAUCGUGACUGUGCACAAAGGCUUAUUUAACCCCACAUCUCUUGUUUACCUAAGCAGAAGAGAGAAUUAUUAACAAUAAAAAAAUACGCCACUUUUGCUCGGUCUAUAUUUGCGUGGAUAUGUCGUGAAAAAAUAAAGCAAACAAGGUCCUAGGUUUUGGCAGCACUGCCCCCGUCUGGAUGAUUAUGUCCCCCCAUGUGGCGUGGCGCUGACGUUGCCAUGAGGAACCAGGCAAGCGCAGCCCGUAGGGUUUCUGGGAUUUACCCGUAUUCACAUAUAUUUUUCACGUGUGACGUCCUCCUCCAUUCGUCCAUCUAAGCGGAGUUCUUUGAUAGCGUAUGCAAUAAUGCUGUGCACACAUUUAGGGAAAUGGUAUGCGAUUAUAAAUAAAAUGCCUGACUUGAAGUAUUCUGGCAGUCCUAUG